AUGUCUACUACCACGUCCCAGAAUUGGUGGGAAAAGCCACAACCGCUGCUGUCAGAUUGGCCCGAUUUACGGGCACGAACUGACAUACAUCAAAAUCUAGAGCUCCUCAAAUUAAAGCGAGGCGCUGAAGUGGGUGUUCAGCGGGGACUAUUGGCUCUAAGGACUUUGCAAACCUGGAAAUCAUGUGAAAAGUAUGCGCUAAUUGAUCUCUGGGGCAGUGGCCACGUCUUCAACAAAGAACAUCUGGACAAUGCCCGACGUCUUCUACACCCAUUCAAGAAAAUCACAGAUUUCUACGACAUGAGAUCCACAGAUGCAGCCACAAAGUUUAAAAAAGACGACUUUGACUAUGUUUAUAUUGAUGCCGGUCCCGACUAUUGUGCCAUAGCAGAAGAAAUCGAGCAAUAUUGGCACACAUUGCGGCCGGGUGGGAUCAUGGCGGGACAUGACUUUGUGGAUGCACAAUACGUGAUUGAUCGAGUGGGGCCAGUGGAAAACUGGCCCAAGUGCGAAGAUGGGAGUCACCAACCAAGGUCUGCCAGGGGGGCAGUUGAAGAUUUUGCAAAGAAACACAACCUGAAUAUCAAAACAACGCAAGGGAGCUGUCCAACGUGGUUGAUUCAAAAACCUUAUUGA